AUGUCGGUACCCGAGAUUCUUGAGCGAGCCCGCGCGAGCACAGACAACAACCAGCACAUAGACGACGACGACGACGACGACGAACAAGAUGGAACUUCAAUCACAGACAUCCACAUGCCUGUCGUACCUCUAGAUCCUGCCGAAUUGUCCGGCGUUGACGCAUCCUUCAAUGGUAGCGAAGGAGGCGAUCCUGACGAGAAAAGGGUGCACACUCUUGCGAAGGCCGGGAGCGGUCCACGACAGGGGUACUACUGCGAUCUUUGCGAGGAUGACUUCACGACCCAGGAAGAUUGGAUAGGUCGGGAUUGGGAUUCUCCAGCCAGACUGAAGCGCCAUCGCGAGGGCGCUUACCACAAGCCUGCGAAGCGAAUGGAACGUUUGGCGGCAAGGUGGGGGUCUCGUCGAUCGUCGGAGACGAGCAAUUCCACAAUAUGCUGUCAUCUUUGCGGUGACCUUGAGGCGGUGAAUGAAGAGGAAAGGUUCGGUGUCCAUGAUUGGCGCACGAUUCAGAAGCUCGUGCAGCACAUCCUAGUGAUGCACGAAGCUUCGCUCUCGUUUGAGGAACGCGACACGCUCACUAUGCAGAUUGUUCCUCGGAACCAGUCUCAAAAAAAGGUGCUCUAG